UUUGAUUCUAUCAGUGUUAAUAUAAAUAAAAACAAUAAACAAUGAAAUUACAUUGUAAUGUUGAGGUAUACAAUAGGGCAUUACCUUUAGUAUCGCAAAGAAAAUCGCAACGUUCUGUACUAACAAUUGGUAGACAAUCUGACAAAGACGAUCUAUGCAUUGUUCUGCAAACUUUGCAAAAUAAGAAGGGAACGAAAUACAAGACUCGCGACAACAUAGAAAAAGUAUUUACAAGGUUUAUUAAUGAUGGUAAAGCCACAAUAAGAUUGAAAGAACCUAAUCAUGAUUUAAUUAUUAAAAGUGAAACUAUUCAGUUAAAAAGUUUUCUUCGUGUACUAAAGCUUGGAUUGUUUAAAAUUGACCAAUCACCCUUCCCAAUUAUCUCAAAUUUAAACUUGAAAAAUAUGAGCUUGUGUCACAGUAAUAAGCUUGUGAUUAAGAAAGAUUCUGAAUACCCAGUGUUAAAAGGUUUUCCAAAAACAUUAGAAGAACUUUCUAUAAUAGGAUUAAAUAAAAAAUCCUUUGAUCGACAAAUCUUGAAUUUAAAAUUCCUAAAAGUUUUAAACUUGUCAAAUAAUCAGAUUCAUUCCUUACCUAAGGAAGUUGGGUGUUUGCAACAUCUUCAAGAGCUUAUUCUAGCACAUAAUUUCCUAGGAAAAACUCAAUUAGAUUGGAGAUGGAUUAAUCAACCUGAAAUUAAGAAGAAUUUACGUUUGUUAGAUAUAACGAGAAAUUUAAUAAGUGAAUUGCCAGUACAAAUUGGAGCACUAAGUGGUUUGGUGAAAUUGCAAAUUUGCCAAAAUCUAUUAGAACAGUUGCCACAAAGUAUUGGAAGAUUAAGGAAUUUGAAAUAUCUGGAAGUAGCCAAAAAUUGUUUAUCAAAUCUACCAGGAAGCAUGAGAAGUCUACAACUAGAUUAUUUAGAUCUUUCAAACAAUCCAUUUCUUUCUUUUCGACGUAAUAUUUUAUACAAUCAUAUAAGUAUGACACCAAGUUUAGUUGAGUGUGCAGCUGUAGCCUUCCUAAAAACCAGGAUAGCAUAUGAUGCUAGUGUGAUACCAAGUACAUUGGUCCAAUAUCUGGAUAAUGCUACAUAUUGUUGUGUGUGUCUAAAUGGUUGUUUUAAUCAUUUCACAAUGGGGUUCCUGGAAAUAGAGUUAAGACGAAUAUCUUGCCAAGUAAAGAUAACAGCAAAUGCAAAUGUUCUAUUUGAAUGUUACUUUUGCUCAAAUAAAUGCGUACGUUAUUUUUAAUAUA